GUGAGCAUCAUGAGUUACAACGGCGCCGCCAUCAUCGCGAUGUGCGGCAAGAACUGCGUCGCGAUCGCGUCGGACCUGCGGUUCGGCAUCAACCAGCAGCAGACGACCGCGGUGGACAUGAAGAAGAUCUACGAGAUCCAUCCGCACCUCUACGUCGGGCUCUCGGGCGCGUCCGAGUCGCACUGGUCCCCGUACGACCGCUUUGCCUUUCGUCACAACCUGUACAAACUCCGCGAGGGCCGCGACAUGCGCCCGGAAACGUUCGCGAACGUCGUGAGCGCUAUGUUGUACGAGAAACGCUUCGGGCCGUACUACGCGGAACCCGUCGUCGCGGGAUUAGACCCGGUGACGUUCGAGCCGUUCAUCACCGGGAUGGAUCUCAUCGGCGCGGCGGCGCCGACGGAUAACUUCGUCGUGUGCGGGAACAACGAGGAGUCUCUCUUCGGCGUGUGCGAGAGCAUGUACAAGCCCGACUUGGAACCGGAGGAGCUGUUCGAGGUGAUCGCGCAGUGUCUGCUGGCGGGGAGCGGACGCGAUUGUCUCGCGGGGUGGGGCGGCGUCGUGCACGUCAUCUCCAAGGACAAACGCAUCACGCGGACGCUCAAGGGAAGGAUGGACUAG